AUGGCACAAGCACAGCAAGUCGCUCUCGAGCGACUGGAGCAAGUCACCCGCGGCCUCAAGUCAAGGAUUAGCGACGACGUGCGAAAACGAUCCGCCGUACAGCUUCGCGAGCUUGUGACGGUCUGCCAUCGAGAUCUUUCCCCCGAACUAUUCCAGUCUUUUUACAAUGCCGUCAACAAUAAGAUCACACAGCUCAUCACACACGGGAGCGACUCGUCCGAACGUCUCGGCGGCAUCUACGCCCUCGAUGCGCUCAUCGACUUUGAAGGCGUCGACGUAGCAGUCAAAUACACGCGUUUCACACAAAACCUCAAAACGAUUCUUCGAGGAAAGGACAUUAAUCCUAUGCAACCGGCCGCCAUCGCGUUAGGAAAGCUAUGUCGACCAGGCGGAUCCAUGAUAUCAGAAGUAGUAGACUCGGAAGUCAACACAGCGCUCGAAUGGCUCCAGAACGACCGCGUGGAGGAGCGACGAUAUAGUGCCGUGCUCGUCCUGCGAGAACUGGCUCGCAGCGCUCCGACGUUGAUGUAUCAGUACAUCCCUACAAUCUUCGACUGGAUCUGGAUUGGACUUAGAGACUCCAGACAGCUUAUCCGGGCGACGUCAGCAGAAACAGUUAGCGCCUGUUUCCGAAUCCUCCGCGAACGAGAUCAAGAGAUGAAGCAGCGAUGGAUGAGCAAUAUUUACAACGAGGCGAAGCAGGGUCUCAAGGUCAACACUGUUGAAUCGAUUCAUGGUUCGUUACUUGUGUUGAAGGAGCUUCUUGAGCAAGGUGCUAUGUACAUGCAGGAGCAUUAUCAGCAGGCGUGUGAGAUUGUGUUCAAGCACAAGGAUCAUAGGGACCCAACUAUUCGAAAGACUGUGGUUCUGUUGAUUCCUGACUUGGCCAGUUACUCUCCUGCAGACUUUGCGCAUACAUGGCUGCACAAGUUUAUGGUCUAUUUGUCGGGUAUGUUGAAGAAGGACAAGGAGAGGAAUGAUGCUUUCUUGGCGAUCGGUAAUAUUGCCAACUCUGUCAAGAGCGCCAUCGCUCCAUAUCUCGAUGGUGUUUUGAUCUACGUCCGGGAAGGUCUCAGUGUUCAAUCACGAAAGAGAGGCUCAGUCGAUCCAGUAUUCGACUGUAUCAGUCGUCUUGCUGUGGCAGUCGGUCAAACUCUCAGCAAAUACAUGGAGGCACUCCUGGAUCCCAUCUUCGCAUGCGAUCUUACUCCCAAACUCACACAAGCUCUCGUCGACAUGGCCUUUUACAUCCCCCCGGUCAAACCCACAAUCCAAGAACGAUUACUCGACAUGCUCAGUAUAGUCCUCUGCGGCGAACCCUUCAAACCCCUAGGAGCACCCCAUCCCAAUACGCUCACCUCUGUUCCAAUUAUUCCCAAAGACGCGAAAGAUCCCCUGGCUUAUGAGCACCGAAGAGCCGAAGUCAAGCUCGCCCUCAACACCCUCGGCAGCUUCGACUUCUCAGGCCAUGUUCUGAACGAGUUUGUCCGCGAUGUCGCAAUCAAGUACGUCGAAGACGAAGAUCCAGAAAUCCGAGAAGCAGCAGCGCUUACAUGCUGUCAACUCUACGUCCGAGAUCCAAUCGUCAAUCAGACCAGUUAUCACGCACUCCAGGUAGUCGGCGACGUUAUAGAGAAACUUCUCACUGUCGGAGUCUCAGAUCCUGAACCUAACAUCCGACGGACAGUUCUGGCAGCUUUGGACGAGAGAUUCGAUCGACACUUGGCCAAGGCCGAGAAUAUUCGUAUCCUGUUCUUUGCUUUGAACGAUGAGGUGUUCUCCAUCCGAGAAGUCGCGAUCGCUAUUGUUGGCCGUUUGGCUAGGUACAAUCCGGCUUAUGUUAUUCCUUCGCUGCGAAAGACUCUCAUCCAGAUGCUCACCGAACUUGAGUUCUCCGAUGUUGCCCGUAACAAGGAGGAGAGCGCCAAGCUGUUGAGUCUUCUCGUUCAGAAUGCCCAGUCUCUUAUCAAGCCAUAUGUCGAGCCCAUGAUAUCUGUCCUUCUACCCAAAGCAAAGGACAGCAACCCCUCAGUGGCUGCCACGAUCCUCAAGGCUAUUGGUGAGCUUGCGACUGUUGGUGGUGAGGAUAUGAUGCCGUACAAGGAUCGACUGAUGCCACUCAUUCUCGAUGCGCUUCAAGAUCAGAGUUCAAAUGCGAAGAGAGAAGCUGCUCUUCAUGCACUGGGACAACUUGCGAGUAACUCUGGAUAUGUCAUUCAACCCUAUAUCGAGUAUCCGCAGUUGCUCGAGAUCUUGCAGAGCAUCAUUAGGACAGAGGGACAGCGGGUUCCCUUGAGACAGGAGACUAUUAAGCUGAUGGGUAUCCUGGGUGCUCUUGACCCUUACAAGCAUCAGGCUGAGGAACGAACUCCCGAUUCACGACCUGGCGAAGCUACUCAAAUGACCGACAUUUCUCUCAUGAUGACCGGACUGACACCAUCCAACAAGGAAUACUUCCCUACCGUCGUCAUCAACGCUCUCCUUCAAAUCCUCAAGGAUUCGUCCCUUGUCCAACACCACGCAGCCGUAAUUGAAGCGAUCAUGAACAUCUUCCGCACCCUAGGCUUGGAGUGUGUGUCAUUCCUCGAUCGCAUCAUCCCAGCUUUCCUCCAGGUCAUUCGAUCAGCCACCUCCACCAGACUCGAGUCAUACUUCAACCAACUAGCAACUCUCGUCAGCAUUGUUCGUCAACACAUCCGAAACUACCUCCCCUCCAUCGUCGAGAUCCUCCAAGAAUACUGGCAUACCUCUCCGUCGCUACAGACUACUAUUCUGUCUCUCGUUGAGGCCAUUUCCAGGUCGCUUGAGGGAGAAUUCAAGAUCUACCUCGCUGGACUCUUACCUCUGAUGCUCGGAGUCUUGGACAAGGACACUUCUGCCAAGCGUACACCUUCCGAAAGAGUUAUGCACGCUUUCUUGGUGUUUGGCGCCAGCGCAGAAGAGUACAUGCAUCUUAUCAUUCCGGUCAUUGUUCGCACGUUUGAGAAGCAGGGACAGCCUACAUUUAUUAGAAAGCAGGCUAUCGAUACUAUUGGCAAAAUUUCUCGACAGGUCAAUUUGAAUGACUAUGCGGCCAAGAUCAUUCACCCUCUUACUCGUGUGUUGGAUAUGGGCGAGCCUUUGCUACGUACUGCUGCUUUGGACACGCUCUGUGCUCUCAUCCAGCAAUUGGGCAAAGAUUAUCUGCACUUUAUGGGUACUGUCAACAAGACCAUCAACCAACACCAAAUCCAGCACUCCAAUUACGAACUUCUUGUCAGCAAGCUUCAAAAGGGAGAGGUCUUACCACAGGACUUGAGCUCGGGGGCUGGUUUCGGUGAUGGCGCCGACGAGCCUGCGUUUGCGGACCAAGGCACUAAGAAGCUGGAGAUGAAUGCCAUCCACCUCAAGGCCGCCUGGGAUACAAAGGGCAAGUCGACAAAGGAAGAUUGGCAAGAGUGGCUGCGACGCUUCAGUACAACACUUCUCACAGAAUCACCCAAUCAUGCCCUUCGAGCUUGUGCCAGUCUGGCAAGCGUAUACCUCCCACUCGCUCGAGAACUCUUCAACUCGGCGUUCGUGUCUUGUUGGAGCGAGCUCUACGAGCAGUUCCAAGAUGAACUCAUCCAGAACAUCGAGAGCGCGAUAAAAUCGGAAAACGUCCCUCCCGACCUGUUGGGUCUUCUACUCAACCUCGCCGAGUUCAUGGAGCACGACGACAAGGCUUUGCCAAUUGACAUCAGAGUUCUCGGUAGGGAGGCUGCUCGCUGUCACGCAUACGCAAAGGCCUUGCACUACAAGGAACUCGAGUUCCUUCAAGAUCAGAGCAGUGGUGCCGUGGAAGCUCUGAUCGUUAUCAACAAUCAGCUCCAACAGUCUGAUGCUGCCAUUGGUAUUCUCCGCAAAGCUCAACUCUACAAGGAGGGGAUUCAGCUGAGAGAAACCUGGUUUGAGAAGCUUGAGCGCUGGGAGGAGGCGCUUGCGUUCUAUAACAAGCGUGAGGAGGAGGUACCUGAGGAUCAAGCUAUACCUGUUGAUAUCGUCAUGGGUAAGAUGCGUUGUUUGCAUGCGCUGGGAGAGUGGGAGGCUUUGGCUUCUUUGACGGGAAGCACAUGGGCCAACUCUACGCCCGAGGUUCAGAGGAUGAUCGCGCCUCUUGCAACGGCUGCUGCUUGGGGUCUCAACAAGUGGGAUUCCAUGGACAAUUACCUCUCAUCACUCAAGAGGUACUCACCCGAUCGUUCAUUCUUUGGAGCCAUUCUAGCCCUCCACCGCAACCAGUUCCGCGAAGCGAUCGCUUGUGUCACGCAAGCACGUGAAGGUCUGGACACCGAAUUGAGUGCAUUGGUCAGCGAGUCAUACAACCGAGCAUACCAAGUCGUCGUCCGAGUUCAGAUGCUCGCAGAGUUGGAAGAGCUCAUCGUCUACAAGCAAUGCGACGAGAAGAAGCAAGCCAUCAUGCGACGAACCUGGGAGACACGACUUAAGGGCUGUCAAAGGAACGUCGAGGUUUGGCAGCGCAUGCUCAGGUUACGUGCUAUAGUGAUUGCGCCUACUGAGAACAUGCACAUGUGGAUCAAGUUUGCCAACCUUUGUCGCAAGUCUGGACGAAUGGGCUUGGCGGAGAAGUCACUCAAGCAACUCAUCGGAACCGACGCUCCUUUGGAGUCUAUGAUACCCUACUGGAACGAUCAGCGACAGCCUGGUCCUGGUCCCAGGAGUGCGCCUGCGGCACAGGUUAUUUACGCUGUGCUCAAGUACCAGUGGGAGCUUGGACAACAGUCUGCGCAGAAGACCAAGAUUCCUGAAAAGACACUUUACUGUCUUCGCAAGUUUACAAAUGAUGCUGCGCAUAGACUGGACGUUGCUCGAGCGCACCUCAACGCUCAGGCUGGAAGUGAAGUCAACAUCACAAACGACUACGGGUUCCAGAACCCUAUGGACCCUGCUGUCAUGAGCCCUCAGACUCAACGAGCGUUGUAUGACCAGACCGUCCUACUGGCGAAGUGCUACUUGAGACAGGGAGAGUGGUUGAUCGCACUCAACAAGGAUGACUGGCAGUACACCCAGGUUCAAGAUAUCCUUACCUCAUACUCACAGGCGACCAAGUACAACCCUCGCUGGUACAAGGCCUGGCACGCCUGGGCGCUGGCCAACUUCGAGAUCGUCCAGACUCUCACAGCCCAGAACGAAGGACAUCUGUCGAGGGCGGACCAAGCGAUGGUGGUUGACCAUGUUGUUCCCGCCGUCAAGGGUUUCUUCAAGUCCAUCGCUCUCUCAGAGGGAAGUUCACUACAAGAUACUCUCCGUCUGCUAACCCUCUGGUUCACCCACGGCGGAAGCGCAGACGUCAACACAGCCGUGACAGAAGGCUUUGCCAACGUCAGCGUCGAUACAUGGCUAGAGGUCAUUCCCCAAUUAAUCGCCCGAAUCAACCAGCCUAACAAGCGCGUUCAACAGUCGGUGCAUAACUUGCUUGCCGAUGUCGGACGUGCUCAUCCUCAGGCUCUGGUCUAUCCUCUCACCGUCGCAAUGAAGUCCUGGCAAAACACAAGGCGAUCUCGUUCCGCAGCUCAAAUUAUGGAUAGUAUGCGACAACACAGCGCCAAUCUAGUCGCUCAAGCAGACACCGUCAGUCACGAACUCAUUCGCGUGGCUGUCUUGUGGCAUGAGCUUUGGCAUGAAGGUCUGGAAGAAGCUUCACGGUUGUACUUUGGUGAUCAUAACAUUGAAGGCAUGUUUGCUACGCUGGAGCCUCUGCACGAGCUUCUUGAGCGCGGUCCUGAGACUCUUCGUGAAAUCUCCUUUGCGCAGGCUUUUGGUCGUGAUCUCAAGGAGGCGCAAGAUUGGUGUCGCCAGUACGAGACGAGUCAAGACGUCAAUGACCUCAACCAGGCUUGGGAUUUGUACUACCAGGUCUUCCGCAGAAUUAGCAGACAGCUGCCACAGGUCACCACGCUGGAGUUGACGUACUGCUCGCCCAAGCUUCUCAACGCAAAGGACCUCGAUCUCGCUGUUCCAGGAACGUACAAGAGUGGACAGCCAAUUGUGCAGAUCAUGUCUUUCGACACGACGUUUAGCGUUAUCAACUCUAAGCAGCGCCCGCGAAAGCUCAACGUCAACGGUAGCGAUGGAAAGUCCUACUCCUUCCUUCUCAAGGGUCACGAAGAUAUUCGUCAGGACGAACGUGUUAUGCAACUUUUCGGUCUCUGCAAUACUCUGCUCGCGCACGACUCGGAAUGUUUCAAGCGUCAUCUCAAUAUCCAGCGCUACCCAGCUAUUCCCUUGUCGCAGAACAGCGGUCUUCUUGGAUGGGUGCCCAACAGUGACACCCUCCACGUUCUCAUUAGAGAAUAUCGUGAGAGUCGCAAGAUUCUGCUUAAUAUUGAGCAUCGCAUCAUGCUUCAGAUGGCGCCUGACUACGACAACCUCACCUUGAUGCAGAAAGUCGAGGUGUUUGGUUAUGCGUUGGAUAACACCACCGGACAAGAUCUCUACCGCGUUCUGUGGCUCAAGUCAAAGUCUUCAGAGGCUUGGCUUGAACGACGAACGAAUUACACGAGAUCUCUCGGUGUUAUGUCCAUGGUCGGCUACAUUCUGGGUCUGGGUGAUCGUCACCCGUCUAACCUCAUGCUUGACCGCGUCACUGGAAAGAUCAUCCAUAUCGAUUUCGGUGAUUGUUUCGAGGUUGCCAUGAAGCGAGAGAAAUACCCUGAACGGGUACCUUUCCGAUUGACGCGCAUGUUGACGUAUGCUAUGGAAGUCAGCAACAUUGAGGGUUCUUUCAGAAUUACUUGUGAGAACGUGAUGAGAGUGCUCCGAGACAACAAGGAAAGCGUCAUGGCUGUUCUCGAAGCCUUCAUCCACGACCCUCUCCUGACAUGGCGUCUAACCAGCGCCCCAUCCCCCGCCGGUCCCAACUUCCGCAAUGACCGCGACACAGCGAUGCCCGUCCCCGGCGGUGUUCGGGCUCGUCGUCAAAGCAUUCUCGACAGCGACGUAGCACCCAGCGAACUCCUCAACGCCCCCGAACCAUCCAUCCAAACACGCGCCCGCGCCCGCACAAACUCUUCCGCUGGUGUUCCAGAAACCAACGGCGCACCCGAAGUAGAAUCCCAAAACGCCCGCGCAGUUGAGGUGUUGGAUCGCGUGCAGCAGAAACUUACGGGUAGGGAUUUCAAGAAUAAUGAGGAGUUGGAUGUGAUUAAUCAGGUGAAUAAGUUGAUUAUGGAGGCUACCAAGUUGGAGAAUUUGUGUCAGCACUAUAUCGGAUGGUGCAGCUUCUGGUAG